CAGUUGCAGAUAGGGGUACACAGCCGAAAACUGGGGACUCCGCGGAAUAUAGCACCUUGUGCAUUCUUUCUUGUGAAAAAGGUUAUAUAAUCAAAGGACCAGCAUCAUGUCUCGCCUUGUUCCUGUUAAUUAUUUUGGAUCGGGAUAUUUUGAGAGGCAAUUAUCGCUUUUUCCCAAGUUCCAGAGUGAAUUUCAGAAAAGUUUCGAUGAAUUCGAGAAAGAAAUGCAUAAACUUCGCAGAGAAAUGUUCAAACUAAGCCCCUGGGAUGCCGGGCGGGACCCCUUUGACAUGGCGCACUGGGGAUUACAAGACGUGCUACAAGUGGAUAGUCCCUAUGUCGAAGACGUUUCUGGAAACAAAAAGCUAAAUUUGAAAUUUGACUGCAGCCGAUUUAAACCUGAGGAAAUUACCGUGAAAGCAAUAGAUAGAAACCUAACUGUGCACGCCAAGCACGAGGAGUCGGGUCCGGACAAGAGGGUGUACCGGGAAUUCACCCGGUCCUACGUUCUCCCGGAAAACGUGGACCCCUCCAAACUCACUUCCUCCCUUUCGUCCGAUGGAGUUCUUUGUAUCGAGGCGCCGGCCCCGAAGGAUGUCCCGACCAGAAGAGAAAGGCUUAUCCCAACGGAGCACUUGGCCAUCCAAUAGUGACUUUACCUUUUAAAAUAAUGACUACCUGUGAUUUGUGCAUAUUUCUUUUUACUUAUAUUUUGGGCAAUUACAUUUUGUAGAAUAACAAAAAAGUAUUGGUAAGAUACAGAAAUAUGAGAACAUUUUUUUUUGUAAUAUCCGCACAAAGUUUAUUCAUAAUCAAUAAAAUUUGUUUCGUAUAUU